AAUAUUUCCACGUAGUUUCCUUUGAAAAAGAAAAAAGAAAAAACCAAUAAUUCUCUCUAUUUCAUAACUACACUUUCAUUGAAUCAUUCCUCCCCCAUCAAGUCAAAAAAAAAAAAAAAAAACCAUUUUCCAAGCACCAUCACAAUUCACAAUCAGGUGCAUUUUUUCCUUCGUUAGUUUACUCAAUCCACAGUGUUUUGAUUCUAUGAAUUCACAGUAAAAAUGAUCAAUCAAGAAGAAGAUGAAUCUGUUUCUAACCAGCCAGAAAACAUAGAAAAAUUUGAAUCCAGGAAGAAACUCAAUAAAGUGAGAUCAAUGAAGCUUCAAAGAUUGAGAUCAUCCAGCAGAGGUAGAAGAAAACCGCAAUAUGAUAAUCUCUCCAUUCUUUCAUCUCUUGUUGGCACAGAAACUUCAGAGCAACCAACCCUAAUUGAAGUGACAGAUGCAUCACCAAAUUACAUGAAAGCUACUACUAGUUCUCAUGCAAAGGAUAGUUUCCAGAUUACACAAAGACUUAAUACAAAUAAGACAUUUACUAGAAUGUCUACUUUGAAACUGAAGAGAAGUUUGACUAAAAAGUUAUCUGGAAGGACUGAACAAAAGAGGAAACUGAAAUCAUCAAGAUCAAUCAAGCUUGCAUCUGUUAAAGGCACUAAAUCGGCAACAAAGUUAUAUUCUGAAUCCAUUUAUGGAAGUGAUGGGAAGAAUAGGAAGAGUACAAGUGAUGCUUCUGGUAACAAGUCUCAGAGAGUCAUGACUAGAAGAUUAAGCUUGAGGCCUGUAAGGAUCUCAACAAAAAAGUCUAGUUGCAAAUCAAAUGAUUCCUUUGAAGACUUAAGUUUGCAUAAAGCCACAUGUUCUUCAACUCUCAAGGAUUCACAUUUCCCUGAUCAUAUUGACCUUCCACAAGAGGGAAGUGGUUCUCAAGGAGUAUCGGCUAAAAAGGUUUGUCCAUAUACUUACUGCUCUCUUCAUGGUCAUCGCCACAACGGUGAUUUGCCUCCGUUGAAGCGGUUUGUGUCGAUGAGGAGACGUCAGUUGAAGAGCCAAAAGUCCAUGAAAAAAGAUGGCAGAUCAAAGCACAUUGGCAAUGCAAGGAAAAAUGACACUCAGAAAACCAAGAUUGUCCAUAGUGAAGAUGGCAACUCUCACUUUCAGGAUGUGAAAAAACUUGCAAGGGAAUCAUCGUCUUUUAAGUCUCAUGAUAUGGCCGCUUAUGAUGAGGUAAUUGAGAGAGCAAGGAACGACAACAGGAAUAUGGCUGCAUACAAGGAAAACGAUGAAGUUGCUAAUGUGGAAUCAACAUCAACAACAGAUGUAGUUGAUUUUCCUGUUUCCGAUAUCAAAAUAUCGGAGGUGGAAUUAACAACCGAAGGCAAAAUUAUAGAGCCAGAUUAUGAAGUGCUGCAGAAGAGUUUUGUACCAGAAGAGCCUAAGCCGGAUAGUAGUACUACUGAUGUGGCAUAUGGACUGAAGGAAAGAGAUCAGAAAUAUAUAAAAAAGUGGCAUUUGAUGUAUAAGCAUGCAGUAUUAAGUAACACAGGGAAAUGUGAAAAGAAGCCUCCAUUUUUUGGGAAGGACAAAGAAGAUAGCGAUGAAGAUGCUCUUGCGUUUAACGGAGGAAACAACUCUUCUUGUGAAUCAGAUCAGGAUAUGGAUGAUGAAAAGAAGAAUGUAAUUGAGCUGGUGCAAAAAGCAUUUGAUGAAAUUCUUCUGCCUGAAGUUGAAGACCUUUCUUUUGAUGAUCGUUCCAAAUCUAGGGGCAUUGGCGCAGAUGAGGUACUCUUGGGNAAGAGUGAUGGUAAGACAGAAGAAAUGAAUACCACAGCUUUCACAGAAUCUCCUAAAGAAGCACAGAAGAUGGAGAACACACCGAAAAGCUGGGGCCAUCUGAAAAAGCUAAUCCUGUUGAAAAGGUUUGUAAAGGCAUUAGAGAAGGUAAGAAACAUAAAUCCAAGAAGACCAACACAAUUUCCUUCAGAUACCAACUUUGGAGCCGAAAAAGUUUCUCUUAACCGCCAAACAUCUGAAGAGAGGAAAAAGUCUGAGGAGUGGAUGCUUGACUACGCACUUCAGAAGGUUAUUUCUAAACUCGCGCCUGCUCAAAGACAAAGAGUGACACUUCUAAUAGAAGCUUUUGAAACAAUUUUGCCAACUCAAGAUGCUGAAAAUAGACAGCAGUCUUUUGCGACGGUGGAGUCUCGGGAAAAUCCAAUUCAAUCACUUGAUGCUUCUUCAAAUCAUAACAACAGAACGGAUUCUGUUUACUCUACUAAGACAUUGCUUCAAAAAGUAUCACGUUCCAAUGAUAGUACUAUGGAAUUUUCAGAUAAAGCUACUGACACUUCAAUGCCUGAACUUUGCAAUCCUAUUGAGCUCAAAGAAAGAUCUCUUGACUAUCCUAGGACCAAGACAGUCAAGAAUAUGCCUGCAUCUUCUGGAUCCACCGAAGAAGACUUGAAGGGAAAGCUACUUGUAGCAAGCAGUUACGAUAAUGGUGAAAAGAUCUCAACUGUCAAUGAGAAUAGUUAUCAUGUAGAGAUUGAAGAUUCCAGAUCAGUGGAAACUAGAAGCAGGUGCCGUGAGGAGGCUCCAAGCAAUCAAAUAGCCGAUGAAGUUUCAGAAGUUUUGGUGUCAGAUUUGAAUACAGAAAAUCCAAGUAUCAAAUGUGAGUCACCUGGGAGAGAUUGCGAAACCAAGAAUGUUAUUGGUGAUAAUAGUGAACAAUUUUCUGUGACUAAAGGCUUAGUCCUAAAUGGUCUUGUUAGAUCACUGAGAUCUAAUUUGGUUGGUCCAAAACCAGAAGCAACUUCAAACCUAUUAGAUGAACCAACAAGAGACACAAAAGAUAUGAUUGGAAAAGACCAGUUCGAAACAAAUGAAGCUACUAGGAGUGAUUUUGGGGAACCUGAGAGCCAGGUAGAGAAACAAGGCAACUCAGGACUGUGGUACAUGGUGUAUAAGCACAUGGUAUCAGAUAUGACUGAAAACAACUCUAAGACAUUAAGUGAUGUAGAAGAUGAGAAAGAGUCAAACUUUGAAGGCAGCAUAACAAGAGAAACUUCUGUCUCUUAUGAAACUACACCUGUGAUUAAUCAAGAUAUGAACUUCAAGGAUCAUAUUGUAGCUGACCGAGAAGUUGAACUCCGACAGAUUGAAGCCAUCAAGAUGGUAGAAGAAGCAAUUGAUUCAAUCCUUCCAGACUUUCAGGACCACUUACCAGACCAACAGCCACUUACCGACAACACAAUAUCAAACAACUCCAAAGAAAUUGGUAGAACUGAAAGAAUGGACAGUGAAGGCUUGAACCAAAAAGAAGAAAAGUUGGAAUUUGGAAAUGGAAUAGCUCAGGAACAAAAAGAAGAAUCAGCAUCAAAGGAGGGAGACAAACCAAAGCAGCAAAUGUCUAGAAGCUGGAGCAAUCUUAAAAAAGUGAUACUGCUUAGGAGAUUCAUCAAAGCAUUGGAGAAAGUUAGGAAAUUCAAUCCAAGAGGACCUAGAUAUCUACCUGUAGAACCUGAUUCAGAAUCUGAAAAAGUUCGAUUGAGGCAUCAAGAUAUGGCGGAAAGAAAAGGCACUGAAGAAUGGAUGCUUGAUUAUGCACUUAGACAGGUUGUUUCCAAAUUAACCCCUGCUAGGAAGAGAAAGGUGGAGCUGUUAGUGGAAGCUUUUGAGACUGUUGUGCCAACCAUAAAAAAUUGAAACCGGCUAAAUACAAGAAUAGCUUUGUAUGCAAAUUACAUUCAUGCCAAUUCCAAACAACAAGCUGAAAGGUCAACAAGGAAAUCUAUUUGAUCACAAUACUUUGAGAUGAUUCUGCAGUUUAAUGUUUGUGACGACAUUGUGUGAGAGCUCUGAUAUGUCAAUAUGUGUCCCAUAGGAAGCAUCUAUAAAGGAUAUUGAGUGUUGUGUUAUGUAUACAAUCUUACAGAUAUAAAUAUCAUGGUGUAUAUAUAUUUUUUAUUUGGGGAGAUAUUAAAAUGGGCUAAUUUGUAAGCAUAUUCAUGUCCUUCUUUUUAUCCUGUCUUGAAACAUCCAAAAAAUGAAGUGAAAAGCAAUGAGUGCUUGAUUUCUUUGAUUC